AUGAAAGGAUCUUUAAUCAAGGGAGGAAACAAUCCCCAGUUUUUGAGCCAAUUUAAUAGAACUAGGUCUAAUAAACCGCCGCUGGGGAGAACUUUAAUUAUUACAGAAAGUUUGCCUAAAAAUCAUUAUCUUUUAUAGAUAAUGCACAUUAAUAUGGCGGAGACGAUCUCCCGACAUCUUGGCACAAUUAUCUCAAAUUGCUGGGAACACCCAGGAGGAGAAACCAAACUGAGAAAUAGAUAUGGUACCCUUCAUGCAUAUCGGGUGCAGGCUUUUCUUUGCCUCAGGGUAUUCAACCCUGGGACAUAUGAGUUUUUAGCUCAGGUGAUUCUUGGAAAGGGUAUGGUUAGUGAGAGACCUAGAGAGCAGAGCAGUGUAGACUCCUCAUAGGCCUGCAAGACGACAUAUACAAGCCUGAUACUGGAAGUUGCAUCCCGGGGAACUAGUCAGAAGAAUUUUAGAGCCAGAAAGUCAAUCCUUGUGCAAGGUCUAAGGGUGAAUAGACCUGGCAGCAAGUAGAGAAAGCUGGAGAAGAAGGAGUAACGGAAGACUUUAGACAAGCAAUGAUUAUGGAGCAGAUCGCCAAAGAAAUCGAGUAGUAGAUUGCUGAAAAGGAGAAAAGGAGCUUCUUCUGGAGAAAGGAGCUUCUUUUGGAGGAAGAAGCUUGGCGCAUAGCAGCGAUGGCUCUUGAAUCGUCUAACUGCCAAGGACCCGCAGGACUCCCUGCGUGGCAGGCCAGUAGAGGUCAUUGCAGCGGAAUUUGGUUUCUUGAAGGAGUGAUUUGCUGCCUUGACACCGCAAGCGACGAACGGCGGAUUCUAAUCUUUAUAGCUCAAAUUCUAGCAAGACAGAUUUUAACGGAACAGCUGAAAACUCUUCACUCAAAACUCUAACAGACGCAGAUAAUUUUUCAGAAGUUCUAAACAUCAAAAAAUGCUCUUCAAGCUGCAGCACCAUAAAUUUCAACUCAAAAGUGGCUCAUAUCCCAAAAAUCAAUAAACCAAAAUUGUUAUUUAAGCACUUGGUCCCAAUCAGAGCUCUAUCAAUUUCUCCAAAAUCCAAAGAAAAUAAAGAAAAUAAUAAAAUUCCUAACAUAAAAAAUUCAAAAUCUACAAGACCUAUAACGCAUUUAUGGGAUAAAUGGGAAUAUGGAGAAAAUGACAAAGAUUAUGAUUUAAAGGAAUAUGUUAAUAGGAUGUUAAAUUAA